AUGGCGCGUCGGUCCGGAGCGGCUCGCCAGCUCGCGGCCCCCCCCCGCGCAGUCCCCGGCCCGGGCUCGCCGCCGGAGCGGCCGGUCGUCGGAGAUGUGCAGUCCGGGAGCCUGUCGCCUGACUUGGCCCCUGAUGUCUUCUUCUUGCGGGUGCGGCUGGAGGAUACCGGGGAGAUGUUCCGGGUGACCAACUGCCACGGCGACAUGACCGUGCGGGAGCUCAAGGAGGAGCUGGACCUGAUGGUUGGCAUCCCCUUCAACCUGCAGCGGCUCCAGUACCUCGACCAAGGAGUUUUGAUGGAUGGUGCUACGUUGAAGUUCCAUGAUGUGGUUCCUGGUGGAAUUGUUUCAUUAUGUAUCUGGCAUUAUGACGGAUGGACAGAGCUCGUGGUGGCAGCCGUGGAAGGAGAUCCCAGCAAGCUCUCUUGCGUCGGCGUCUCCGAGGACUGCUACUACCGAACCCCGAACUCAGAACGUUUUAGAGAUGAGGAGUGGAGGCAGUGGCGCGCUCAGAGGGCGUUUGUGGCGUUGUAUAUCACCUCGCACAGAGGCCACGCCGAGGCGACACAGUACCUUCUAGAGCAAGGUAGUUCUGGAGCCAACUCCCUCGGCAGGUCCCCGCUGGGCAGGACACCGCUGCACGUGGCCGCAGCCAUGGGCCGGCUGGACUGCAUAAGCCUCCUGUUCAAGUGGGGGGCCCUCAUCCACAACAGAGACGCCAAGGGGGAGACCCCCAUCUCCAUCGCCCGCCGCCUGAACCGCAAGCAGAGCGUGUGGCGGAUGUUCCUCCUACACUGGCUGGCCCAGAGCAGGUCGGUGGACGCGAAGGACGUGACCGUGACCGUGAAGAAGGCUCUGAAGGGUGUCAAGGCUGGGGCCGGGCCCACGAGGAAGACCCCACAUUAGCUCCUGCUGGGCACGUUUGCCCGCCGAAGCGGACUCGGCUAACUUUCCCAAGUUUAAUCCCGUGGUGGCCCUUGGUGAGCAAAAAUGCAGGUAAACAUGGCAAUUAAUUCGAACCAGAUACUAAAUUAUCUGUCCUGUUUGCAAA